AAUUAAGCUGCAGUAAAGCUCCUCUCCAGCUGCCUGCAGUGGAAACAGCUCGUCCAAAAAGUGCUGUGCCUGGCGCUUUCACAGCGCUCCUGAAAUAUUAAGACGCCAGUCGUCAAAGUGCCCAAACCCAGGUCUAUUGAAACCAGCCUUUCAGUCAGUCGGUCAGCCAGCCCUCCAGAUGCCCAUCUCUCAGCCGGCCUUCCAGACAUCGGCAAGCCAGCUGGCACUCCAGACGUUCUUAAGUCUGUCAACCAUCCAGGCGAUUUCUAGCCAGCUAAUCCUCCUGUUGAUAUCAAGCCAACUGAUCUGCCUGGGGUUAGAUUUGUCUGCUCGGAUGUGGUGGUCUUCGGCUCCACCUUGGAGGUCAUCAUACCACAUUUGACUGAACGUGAAAGGGAGAUUUAGUGGAGCAUGAGGGAAUGGAAAGAAGCUCCGUCCACACUCCCGCCAGUGAGGCCCUGUAUCUCCUGUGGUUUCGCUCGUUCCGUCCAGCCAUAAAUCUCCUGCAUCUCCUGAGUUCCCGCCCAGCCUCUUCCACCUCCUCUCCUAAAAUCAGCCAGUCCUUCAGCCCUGCCUUCGCUGGUUUCUUUCAGGCCCUCAGCUCACCCUCAGUCAGUGCCAUCUGGGUCCCUGCCUCCACUUCAUUCACACGAGCCGUCAACUCUGCCUUGGCCCUCCAGAGCCACGGUGUCACCCUGGCUCUUAAGUUCUCCAUCUCCGCCCUGGGCUCCUCCUCCAUCGGCUCCAUCUCCAUCAGUUGGCCCCCUGGUGUCAUCAGCCUUACUGUACCUCCACCAUGGCUCCUCCCUCCAUCAACUCCGCCGUGGGCCUCCUUCCUGCCUAGACUAUGGUCCACAUCUGGCUCCUCCUGCUCCUGGCUCCUCCCUCCAUCAGCUCCUCCCUGGUCUCACCAUCCAUCAUCUCCUCUGGUGUCCUGGCCUCUGCAAACUCUAUGUCCUUCUCCAGAGCUGCUUCCUUCCUCCUCAGAUAUUCUCUUUACGGUGCGAGAUCGCGCCUUCCGGGAGGGGGAGCUACUGUUACGGUUAUGGACUUGUUGUUUUUUUCUGUUCCUGUUGUCUUGCCCUGUUUAGUUCCUGUCUCCCUAGUUUCUGUUUUUGUCAUUAGUUGCCUUGGUUACCUAUUCGUUUCAGGUGUUUCUUGUUAAUUUACCCAUUAUAUAUCGUCCCUGUUUUGUUCAGUUCUCUGCCGGUUAUUUUAAUUGCUGUUUGUUGAGUUGAUGGACU